UAUCAACGUCAAGUGUCCGUUCACUACUAACCGUUUUUCUGAAACUCCGCUGCUCUCUCUGUGUCUCCCUCCAAAUGCGGAAGUGAAAAAAAUCCCUAACUUCUCCACUGCAAACCUGAAAACCUAAAUCAUCAAAUUUGAACCGACUCAACUCUAUGGACACUCACUCUCACUUAACUGCACCUAAUCGCUCUCGCAGUUCUCAAUCUCCGUCUCCUUCGCACUCGGCCUCGGUCUCCGCCUCUGCAACCUCUUCCAUCCACAAACGGAAACUCGCCGCGGCUGCGGCGGCGUACGACGACCACUUGCCACCAUUUGCUCCGUCUUCUCUGUCCGCAGACACUCGCGACGGCGCUCUCACCUCCAACGACGACCUUGAGAGCAUCUCCGCUCGCGGCGCCGACUCUGACUCCGAUGACGCUGAAGAUUCCGACACCGUCCUCGACGAUGAAGAGGAAGACUUCGAAAACGAUUCCUCCAUGAGAACGUUCACCACAGCCCGCCUCGAGACCACUAACGCCGCUGGCAGCAGCAGCCGGAACACGAAGAUCAAAAUGGAGAACACGAAUGUCAAGAUUGAAAAUUCUGAUAGCGGGAAGGACGGUGGGCACACAGGGACCGGUGCAGCGGGGCCUGCUGCAGCGGGGAGUUCUGGGCCAGGGAUUGUGGUGAAGGAGGAUUCUGUUAAAAUAUUUACGGAAAAUUUGCAGGCUAGUGGAGCUUAUAGCGCGAGAGAAGAGAGUUUGAAGAGAGAGGAGGAAGCAGGAAAACUCAAGUUUGUGUGUUAUUCAAAUGAUGAUGUUGAUGAGCAUAUGGUUUGGCUGAUAGGAUUGAAGAAUAUAUUUGCGAGGCAAUUGCCUAACAUGCCCAAGGAGUACAUAGUUCGACUUGUGAUGGAUAGAAGCCACAAAUCUGUGAUGAUUAUUAGACGCAAUCAGGUGGUCGGUGGUAUCACUUAUCGUCCAUAUGUCAGUCAGAGGUUUGGGGAGAUAGCUUUUUGUGCAAUCACCGCAGAUGAACAAGUAAAAGGUUAUGGCACGAGAUUGAUGAAUCACUUAAAGCAGCAUGCACGUGAUGUUGAUGGGUUAACACAUUUUCUGACGUAUGCUGACAAUAAUGCUGUUGGUUAUUUUAUCAAGCAGGGUUUCACAAAAGAGAUUUACUUGGAGAAAGAUCGAUGGCAAGGGUAUAUUAAAGACUAUGAUGGAGGUAUCUUAAUGGAAUGCAAGAUUGAUCAAAAACUUCCUUACACUGACUUAUCAACCAUGAUUCGUCGUCAGAGACAGGCAAUUGAUGAAAAGAUAAGAGAGCUAUCCAAUUGUCAUAUCAUCUAUCCUGGAAUUGAUUUUCAAAAGAAAGAAGCUGGUAUUCCCAAGAAAAUCAUCAAAGUCGAGGAUAUUCCUGGCUUGAGGGAGGCUGGGUGGACUCCUGAUCAAUGGGGCCAUUCACGUUUCAGAACAUUAAACACUGCUACGGAUAGUGCCACAAAUCAAAAACAUUUGACCGCAUUUAUGCGCUCACUUUUAAAGUCAAUGCAUGACCAUGUGGAUGCUUGGCCAUUUAAGGAACCAGUUGAUGCUCGUGAUGUCCCUGAUUAUUAUGACAUCAUCAAGGAUCCCAUGGAUCUGAAGACGAUGUCAAAAAGGGUAGAGUCAGAACAAUACUAUGUAACACUUGAGAUGUUCAUUGCUGAUGUUAAGAGGAUGUGUGCCAAUGCACGGACAUACAACUCACCCGAUACCAUUUAUUAUAAGUGUGCAACCAGGUUGGAAGCCCAUUUUCAAAGCAAAGUGCAGUCAGGCAUCCAAUCUGGUACAAAAAUUCUGCCAUGACGUGCUCAAUGAACAGUUCUUAGGAGAUCAAUAUUCACUAAAUUUGCAUUGCGUGGAUUGCAACGAGCACCCUUCUGUGGUUCAUUAUGCAUCUUUAUCAUAGUGCAUGUUUUGAUGCCAAAUCAUGCUUAGUUUCAUUUUUUCCCGUCCUUUUUCAAAUUUUGACCGUCAAUGCCACCCGUUCUAGCAUAUUGCCAGAGGAAAUUUGGAAGAGUGGGUUUGCCUUUGGCAGGUGUCAGGUUCUUGAACUGCAAGACGAACCAAUUAUUUUCUAGAGCCUUUGGUUGGAUGGUCACAACAUUUUACCAAGCUUGGCGGGCGUACAUCCAUCAAUGGUGGGCCUUUUGAUGGUUCAUUGAGACCAAUGUUGCUAUUUUUCAGGGAUGGCAAUGAUGAUGUUACCAUAUUUUUUGUAUUCUAUCCUAUCGUUUCUACCAAAUAACAAUAUACAGCCUGGAAGCUGAUGUUUUCUAA